AUGGUUUCGUCCCAAGAUGACGGUAACGACGGGGUGGAUAUCUCAGCGGGGCAGAAGAUGCUUUCUGCCAUUACCGGUAGUCUUCUCACAUCGCUUCUGGUCACUCCUCUGGACGUCGUCCGUGUCCGACUGCAAUCGCAAGGUUCGUCGCAACCCAUUGCAGACUUCCAGAGACUUGCAAUUUCGUCACCCAAUGCUUUUCGACCGUCGAAUCUUGGAGUUACAGCGUGUUGCCGAGAGGUGUUCUUUUUGAAUAACAAUGCCGAAGUAUGCGUCGCCGGUCCGCUUGAGAGCAUAUCUGCAUCUGGGGAAUGCGCCGUGGAGGAGGUACAGAAGAGGCGAUUCAACUCGACUUUUGACGGUAUGAAGAAGAUUGCUCGCCACGAGGGCCUCACGACGUUAUGGAGAGGUUUAUCGCCGACGUUAGCUAUGACCGUGCCCGCGAACAUUAUCUACUUCACCGGUUAUGAUUGGCUACGAUAUAGCAAGACAAGCCCAGUCAGCAAAAUGACUAGGGAAGAAUAUGCGCCCAUGGUAGCCGGCGCAUCCGCACGAGUUGUUGCAGUUGCUGCGGUCAGCCCAAUCGAUCUAUUCCGAACCCGACUACAAGCAUCACCGGGCUCGACCGCAGCUGGCCAUUUAGCAAAUACUUUCAAGGGACUCCGAGAGAUGGUGGCCGACAAGGGUUAUAGCUCUCUGUGGAGAGGUUUAACUUUAACUCUCUGGCGAGACGUCCCCUUUUCGGCUAUGUAUUGGUUUGGCUACGAGACGAUCAGAGGUAAGCUUACCGAUGCGCGAGAAGAACGACGUGGUAGGCACUCGACUCGAGAGAACGAUGGUUCAAGAGCGCGGCGGAGAACUAGGUCACAGAGCAGGGAGAGUCACGCAGCGACUUUCAUGGACAGUUUUACUGCCGGCUGCCUUUCUGGUGCCUUUGCAUCGACGAUAACGAUGCCAUUCGAUGUAGGUAAAACCCGACGGCAGGUUUAUAAAGACACGUCGAACAAGGCUUUGCCCUCAGUGGAGAAGGCUGCAGAACCGGAAGCUCAACACAUGCUUCGCCUCCUCUCGCACAUCUAUUCGACGGAAGGACUGGCAGGACUCUGGAGAGGAUGGCUGCCUCGUACGCUCAAAGUUGCGCCGUCUUGCGCUAUAAUGAUCAGCAGUUACGAGGUUGGUAAGAGAGCGUUUAGGAGCAUUAAUGAACGUAAAGCUCGGAAACACCACGAAGGUCGAGUUGACGAGCCUUGA